AUGACGCUGGGGAACCAACGAUCGGCGGGGACGAAAGCCAUACUACGAGAACUGCCAGCACCGAUACUGGCCCCAUUGGGCCCUCUGAAGGCCACCGUAAAGAUCAGGGCCAAAGUCAAGGGUAGGACACCGUUAACAGCUCAAGUGGAGGAUCCAGUCCCCGUCGUGAAUCACGGCCUCCACCACGACGAAGACGGUGAAGAGGAAAACCUCGAGGGCCAAAGUGUGAACAACGGCGGCCGUGGCGGGCGAGGGAGAUCCGACACGACCAACACGACAUCGUCCUUCUGGACGACGGUAUCGUCGUCGAGCUCGAUACCCGCCAUCACGCUCAACGAGACCAGCCUUCACGAUCCUCAUCACGAAGACAACGACGAAGCCGAAGAGAUCCCGUCAGGCACAGGCCUACUGAGCCCAAGCCUGGGUUCCACCACCGCCACGGCAUCGGCGUCAUCGGUAUCAUUCGCGGCGGGAGCUUUACCUAGAAGGGUGCCUAGGAAGAUUCAUCAGCCCACAGACUCUGGGCCAAGAUCGGCAUCUUCUGCAUCAGCAUCAUCAGCAACGCUGGUGUCAACUGGUGGCGGGAGAACAGCCGGAGUGGACCCUCAUCAGAGGGACCCGCGGCUGAUAACACAGAUUAGGCCGCUCCUUCGCCUAAACCGCAAGCAUUCUCCCGAAUGCUCCUCCGGCCACCAUGAGCCAGUAUUGCGCCCUUCCUUGAACCAGCAGCGUCCUUCGAGUUCCUCCUCUGCCUCUACCGCAGCCGACCGUCACCUCCACGGAGCAGUACCGUCCAAAUCACAAGCCAUGGCGCUCAAGUUUCUGAGUGCCCAUACCCCUCACUCGGGCUCGAGUAGUAGUGUCAAGUACUUUGAUAUCCGCCUCGACAACGACUACAUCGUUUUCCGGGGCAGUGAAGACGAGGCUGCUAGUGCCCAACUCUCGGGGUCUCUGGUUCUCUGUCUCACAGAACCUCUGACCAUCCAUCACGUUGACUUGACUUUGAGUGGGAUCCUGCAUAUGUCAUGGCAGACCACUUCCACAUCCUCCAUGUCAGGCCGGCGUACCACUUACAAGGAGAAGACCUUUUUUGAGAAGAGUUGGACAUUCCGAGAUCCUGGGAAAGGCAAGACCGAAGUGUUACAACCUGACAACUAUGAGUGGCCAUUCCGAUGCAUCCUGGAAGGCUCUCUGCCCGAAAGCGUGGAAGGCCUGAAAGAUGCGUGGAUCAUCUACCGCCUCAAGGCCGAGAUCAGUCGCAAGAGAGGGAGAGACAUCGUCGUCCGUAAACCAUUGCGCAUCGUCCGCACCCUGGAUUCGAACGCAUUGGAACUUUCUCACGCGAUGUCUGUCGAAAACAUAUGGCCAAAUAAAAUAGAAUACUCCAUCAGUAUCCCUAACAAGGCGGUCGCUUUUGGGUCAUUCGUGCAGGUUGACUUCAAAUUGAUAUCUCUCUUGAAGGGUCUGGUCAUUGGCAAUGUCUCUACCCAGGUUAAGGAAGAGCAAGAAUUUGCCGUUGAUCCAGAGUGGGGCAUAUCUGCUUUGAACAACGGGCUGACCAAAAUGGACAGAGUCAUUGCAUCGGAUCUUUACAAGGUCGACCCAGACAAGGACGAGCAAAUUAUUGACGAGGUCGCCGAAGGCUAUCAAUUUUCUCGAUAUCUCGAGUUGCCCAAGUCACUGAACCAUUGCUUACAGGAUUGUAACGUCAAGGGCAUCAAAGUCCGACACAAAGUGAAAUUCAAUGUUCAGUUACACAACCCUGACGGCCAUAUUUCCGAACUCCGAGCCAACCUUCCAGUCUCGUUCUACAUAUCUCCCAGUCUGCCUAUCAACGAAAAUAACGAUUUGGUCGACCAGUCGCCUCAAGCUGGAAGGGCAGCGAUCGCCAACGAUUUGGCUAAUGCAGCGCCGCCAGUGUACGGGAAGCACACUCUAGACGCCUUAUAUUCUGACGUUGAUGGCUAUCGAACGCCCGGGACUGCCCUUUCGACUCCAGGGACGCCCUACCUCCACAGCCGCCACGCAUCCAAUGAAAACCUCGCAAGUCUUGCCGCCAUGGCGAAUGGAAACUACGUGUCACCUAUAGCUCUUCAGAGCAGACUUCAGGACCUCCGAGUGGACGACUCUUGCAUCCAGGAUCUGCGGAGUAACGAAACCAGUGAUGCGAGUAAUUUAUCGCUGCCAGUGAAUGGACGGUCCAGGAGGAACUCAUCGUCAACGACAAUGCCUGAAGAUUAUUUCGCACCACAUGAUGCUUCGAAUGCGAGCCCACAUCCCCGAAUUAGUCCUAAUGAUCAAGGUGCAUCUCCGGGCGGUCCUUCCCAUACACCCAGUCAACCAGGCAGCCUCGUGAUGUCACGCCGAACCUCUGAGGAAGAAGACGGACAGCAGUCUGGCAUGAGGACACCGUUCCCUCAGUAUGAUCACAUGGAAGAUCUGGCUCGCGUUCCGUCGUACACGACAGCGGUGAAGACCCCAGCACCAAGAUCCCACUUUCAUCAGUCGGCAUCUCUUCCAACCUACGGUGCUGCCGUUACCGAUCCCAGUCCGCCGCCGUUGACAGAACCCCCCACCGCUCACCUCCGACUUUCUCCAAGGCUACCGGGUACUAUAACAGGGACAGCAAACUCGCCGGAUUCACCUGUGAACGGUGUGCUAAGGACUUCAGCUUCUCACAGAAACGUUAGUUCCAUCCAGGAUGACGAGAGAAGGUUACGAAUGAUGCAACUGCGAGGUCGAUAG